ACGAGACGAACGCACAGCGCAAACCCAUACAGUCGCACACAUAGCAGCAACAAUACGCACACACACACACACAUAGUCAGCCAAGCUACAGAGUAGCGACUACGACAAUGUUGGAGGAGUGCAGCUGUGAAAAAUUAAACAAAAGUGCUAAAUUUGAUUGUUAAAUAGUCAGCGGCAGUGGAAACAAAACAUUCAACAUUUCCAACCAACGCAGAUUCUUAAAGAAGCUCGUCAACAUGGAUCGAGUUACAAAGCCGCAGAAGAAGAUGCUCAUCACAUUGUUGCGCGAGACGAAAUACAUGGAGGGCAAGAAGGAGAAGGAAUGGUAUUGGGAGAAGAUCCAAGCGGCGCUCAAUACCAUCGGGCCCAAGAAGACCAUCAUCCAAUGGAAGAAGUGCUGGCGCGAUAUGCGUUUGACGACCCGAAAGAAAUUGGCGGAGCUGAAGCGUUGCCAGCUGUCCGGUGGGUCGCCGCCACCGGGCAUUGAGUUGAACCAGGAGGAUAACGACAUAAUUGAUAUAGUGGGCACAGAGUACUUUUACGAGGAAAUGAACGGGGAGCUGAAGCCGGAGAACUUUAUGACUGGCUUCGACUACGUGCCGGAGCACUUUUGCGAUGCCAUACUGACGGCUGCUGCUGGACAGCAGCAGCAGCACAUGCAACACCCUAAGGAUCCCCAGUCGCACAGUGCCCAGCAACCGCAGGAUCAUCACACCAAUGAUGGCGAGACAAACGAUGCGCCAGGCUCUUCGAACGGUGGCUCCUACCAGGGCCAGAACGUGACCCAGCUGCAGCCGCAUAAUGGGGGCGGAGGUGGCGAGCACAGCAAUGGCAACAGCACGCAGCCGCAUCCUGGCAUGCCCCAGCAUCCGGCCUUUCAUGGUGGUCUGCAUCCGCAUCUGUUGCGGCGACAGCACACAAAUGCGUCACUGCAGCGGGAGUCGCCGUUUGAGGAGAAGCUGCUGCAGUUCAUGCAAGAUGCGUUUCCCAAGAAGAGCAAAAAGCGCAAGCAGCGUGAUCCGGAUAAGCUGUUCCUUCUCUCGCUGUACGAGGAGAUCAAACGAGUGCCAGAGGAAAUACGGCUGGAUGUGAAGUCUGAGCUGAUGCAAAUCCUAAAGAAGUACCAAAAGAAGUCACCAGUCAAGGCGGAGAAGUCCUCGGCCUCAACCUCCUCUGCCGCCAAGCAGAGCAGCAACAGCAGCAGCAGCUCCGCGUCCGCCCAUCUGUCGCACAGCAUGUAUCAGCUGCAAAAGAAGUACGAGAAGGGCGAAAAGGAAGCGUCGCCGCAGUCACAGGUCGAUCCGGUGCCACUGCAUGCUCCACAGCAGAUGCCACUGUUUCAGCUGCAGAAGAAGUACGAGGAGAGCGCCGAGAAGGUGCAUCAGCAGCAGAGUGAGCAGCGCAAGCUAGAGGCAGCCCAUCAGCAGCAGCACGCCGCUCACCAGCAGCCCCCGCCGCCCCCCAAUGAGCAGCACUUGCAUCAUCCACAGAUGGCGCACAAUAUCAUGUUCCCGCUGGCCCAGUUGCGCAGCGAACAGCCGCCGGCGCAGCAUCACGCCCAUAAUCCACACCAGCAGCAGCAGCAGCAGCAGCAGCAACAACAGCAUCCCCACCAGCAACAGCAGCAGCAGCAGGCACAGCAGCACCAUCCGCCAACGAUCUUUGGCAGUGCUGCCAGUGCCGCUGCGAUGAGCACGGACCGCCCAGCGAUGUCCUACGAGAAUGUCGGGUGAAUGUUGAGCCGUCUGUGGGAAGCCACUUGUGGAGCGCGCCCUUCGACGGUGUCCCCCACGACGGCAGACGCGCACAACUGUUAGCACCAAGCUAAAUAGCAACCAGCUACUGUUUCUUACCCAUCCGGCCCAGCUCAUAGCUCAUAGCGCCCGGAUGAGCUCGACGGGUAGAGAUUGAUCGAGCGCCACUAAAUGCCGGAACUGUGUGCAAAACUGUUUCAAACAUUAGGUUUUUACUCGUACAUCUAAUCCUUACGCUAGCCUAUCACGUAGCCAUGAAAUGAAUGAUCUGCAUGUGAAUGCUGUUUGGUGCGAUCCCAAUGGCUAAUCCAUCAAUAACUAUCUAUGUAUACAUAGUAAUAUACAUAAUAAGAGAAUUAAUAGAAUUACAUAUUGAAAUUGUGACUUGAUUUUCAAUUACAACAAAUGAAUUUAAUAUAUGUAUACAGAAUACAAAUACACCAAC